AAAGAAUUUGAGAAGUUGAGCACAGGAUGCGGCGAAGUCUCCGAGUGGUGUGCCGUGACUCAUUAGCUGCGACGCCAACGGCCGCCGUUGCAAAGAAGAGGCCUGUCAAAGAUGUAAAGGUGGAGGUGAAGGAGGAAGCGACCGCUGUAACCAAGCCUCGAUCGUCGUCGUCCAAGCGUAUCAAGAAAGAACCCAUCCCUUCUCCAGAAAAGGAAGGCACCACUCCCGAACCACCAGCUCUAGCCUCCAAGAAGGCGUCCAAGAAGGAGCUUGAAAAGGCCGCACAACUCGACACGUACCUGUCAUUCAUACACACUCGGCGAGAGCAGACAGGUGAUUCUAACAAACUCGUGGGCGCGCACGUGUCUGGCGCCAGUGGACUCGAGAAUGCAGUGUUUAACGCCGCCAAGAUCGGUGCGCGGGCGUUUGCAUUCUUCACGCGGUCGCAGCGCACAUGGACAUGCAAGCCGUUGACUCCGGACACGAUCGCCGCCUUCCACGCCGCCAUGAAGCGCUUUGGGUACGCCCCAGGCGACGUCGUGCCUCACGGGAGCUACCUCCUCAACUGCGGCUCCCCCGACGCAGGCGUCCUUCAAAAGAGCCGCGACGGACUUCUGGACGAGGUGCGGCGGUGCGAAGCACUCGGUCUGUCACUGUACAACUUUCAUCCGGGCGCGACCAAGAACGAGAUCUCGGUCGACGAAUGCUUGGAUUUGAUCGCCGAAUCCAUCGAGCAAACGCUACAGCAAACCACGGGCGUGACCAUUCUCGUGGAAAACAUGAGCAACCAGGGAUCCACGAUUGGCGGGCCCUUUACCCACUUGCGCGGCAUCAUCGACCGCGUGUCCGAAGAGCACCGUCACCGCGUGGGGGUGUGCUUGGACACAUGUCAUGCCUUUGCCGCAGGAUGGGACCUUCGCGAUGAUGCGUAAGUUGCCAGAUCAACAUGGAUGAGUGUCCUUUUACCCAAAAUUUGAUCUUUUGUGCUGAAUCGCCAACUCAAAUCUAUCGAUCGAUUCGUUGUACUGAAUUUCGUAUGUAAAAAGGGUCCUGUGCUGAUGUGUAUCACACUAAUUAAAGUCAUACUCUAAUUUGACUUUGUUGAUGGUUUCCUGCAAUCUGGUUGGCUAAAUGCUUCUGCCUAUGCAUUUGGUUGUGCCGAUUCAUUCUCCAUGUCGCUCCAGUUUAAAAUAAACACAACAAUAUCAUCACACUAAUUAAACGCACAUUAAUUACAUGUUGACGAUGGUUUCCUGCAACCUGAUUGGCUACAUUCUACUACCGAUACGUCUGCACUAGUACAUAUUUGGGUGUGUCGAUUCAUUCAUUCUUCAUGUCGCUCCAGUUUCCAAUAAAAACCAACAUGUACUAUUAAUACCUAGCUACGAGAAGACGAUGGCCGAGUUCGAAGCGACGGUGGGCUUUGAGUACCUCAAGGCCGUGCACUUGAACGAUUCGAAGGGUGACGUCGGGUGUCAUGCCGACCGCCAUGAGAAGAUUGGGCGCGGCCGCGUCGGCCUCGAGCCAUUCCGCCGACUCAUGAACGACCCACGCUUCAACCACAUCCCCAUGAUCAUCGAGACGCCGUACGUGGACGACGACGGGUACGAGGAAGAGAUCUCGCUCUUGUACUCGCUACACGACAACGAUAAGCCGGCAAUUAAAUAAGAAUGUAAAUGCACUCGAGAUGGCUUGCUUAACAGUGUAUAGUACUUCGCUAUCGAGUAAAUACAGGGAACGACGCUGAAUAGU